CCCAAUCCCAGAACCCAGCGGGUUGCAGAGUGGCGAAAGUCCCCAGGCUUCACCUGCGGAGGGGCCGGCCGGACUCCAAUCUGGUAUCUUCCGGGAAAUGGCAGCAGCCAGGCUUGGCCUGGGGCGAGUCCUCCCAGAAUCCUCCAUCCUGUUCCUGUGUGACAUGCAGGAGAAGUUUCGGAAUAUCGCCUACUUUCCACAGAUCGUCUCUGUGGCCGCUCGAAUGCUUAAGGUGGCCCGACUGCUGAAUGUCCCAGCUGUGCUGACAGAGCAGUACCCACAAGGCCUGGGUCCCACAGUUCCCGAGCUGGGGGCUGAUGGUCUUCAGCCCCUGAGCAAGACCUGCUUUAGCAUGGUGCCCGCCUUGCAGCAGGAGUUAGACAGUUGUCCCCAGCUGCGGUCUGUGAUGCUCUGUGGUAUCGAGACACAAGCCUGCAUCAUGCAAACAGCUCUAGACCUCCUAGACCGAGGUCUGCAGGUCCAUGUGGUGGUGGAUGCCUGCACUUCUCGAAGCCAGGUGGACCGACUAGUGGCACUGGCCCGCUUGCGACAGAGUGGUGUUUUCCUCACCACCAGUGAAGGACUCAUUUUGCAGCUUGUGAGGGAUGCUGCCCACCCCAAGUUCAAAGAGAUCCAGAAAAUCAUAAAGGAGCCCGUCCCGGACAGCGGACUGCUGGGCUUUUUCCAAGGCCAGAACCCCCUCUUCCGCUAAACUCCGGACUCUGACAUGAGGAGGGACCACCCUCUUGUCACCCUGACAUCUGUGGAAGCAUUCUCCCCCCAUCUUUGAAUCCCAAGAGUGGUGCAAUCCACCAAGAGUACCGCCCCCGCGGGAGAGGAGGCGUGGUUGUGCCUUCCCAUUGGGCAGAUGCUCCCGGAAAUGCAAAUGAGCCCCUGAGAUCUGGGCGGGAAUUGGCUGAGGGUGAAGUGGAGGCGGGGCUCGGCCCCGGGCCACUUCAAGGGGCGGGAAGGGGAGGGGGAAGGUG